AUGAAUUCCACCGAGCCAGCACACGGCCCGCAGCAGCCAGCGACAGUACCGUCGCCCACGUCCACGACGGGCUCAUCUGGCGGCUCGAAUCCGCGACGCCCACGCGCAACGUCCGAAACCCACGGCCAGUCGCACACUACGGAUGGAAUCGAUAGCCAGAGCAGCGAGCCGCGGCCGAAACGGAGGAAGGUGGCCACGGCGUGCGACGAAUGCCGCCAGCGGAAAUCAAGGUGCGACGGCGCGAAACCGUGCGGCCCGUGUACACGCAAAGGAAGGAGCCCCGAGAAGUGUGUGUAUCAGAACGAUCCGAAUAGACCGGCUGUGUCGCAAAGUUACAUCGAGGAACUGGAAGCGCGGAUACGGUCUUUGGAAGGCAAUGCUGGCCAUGCGCAGCCGAACGUGUCGGUCAUGGAGGCGUAUAAUGGGGACAUGGCGACGACCGACACUGAGAAUCACUCACUCAGCUACCACCGCUACGACACAAUGCCGCAUCCAAUACCACCGCAACUAAACCAACAACAACCGCCCCGGAACUACACCCUUGGGGCAGACAUGGGUCUGAACAGAAUGGACACUGGCCCCCUCCCUAGCGCUUCGAUUCCCCAGCCUGGAAGUCAUCUCUUGUAUAGUGGCACACCAGAAGGUGCAGAAUUCGCACCUGCUCACUCGAAGGAACUGGACGUUACAGUUGAAGAACCUCGGGAACGACGGUUUUCCGUUACGGCUGGUCUCCCACCUAAAGCUCGAGCUGAUGCGAUGGGGGCGACAUCGUCAAGCGGGGGAGAUGGAGUAGAUGGAGACGAGAACGAGAGUUUUUUCGGGAGCUCAUCAGCGGUCUCUUUCAUGAAGCAAAUCAAACAGACGGUUGACAAGAAGAAAACAUGUUCCAAGUCACCAGAGGAGCUUAGCUUUUGCACUCCGGCGCCAGGUUUUGAAUCGGCCUGGGAAAGAAAACCUAGGAACGACGAUGGAUUCCUGGAGGACUUGGAAGACUUUAUCCUCCCGCCACGACGCAUCGCCGACCACCUGCUUGAGUGCUACUGGACAUGGGUCGAUUCGCUAUACCCAUAUCUUCAUCGUCCUACAUUUAUGCAGACCUACAACCAGCUGUGGACAAACUCAGCCUUCCCGGGUUCGAACGAUGACGCGCUAUUUGGUUCGUACGAAAGCAAGCCUCCGGGAAGGUUGUUCCGAUGUAUCCUAAAUUGUGUCUUCGCAUUCGGCUGUCAGUUCUCGUCAAAUAUCGCACCGGCGCGGCGUGAUUCAUCCGCGGACGUGUUCUUCAAAAGAUCUAGGCUUUUGCUGCAUGUCGACAUCCUAGGGUGCGGGUCUAUUCAGCUCGUGCAGGCGUUGCUCCUCAUGGGUCAGUUUUUGCAGUCGACAAAGUAUCCGAACCGAUGUUGGAAUGUUGCCGGGCUAGCGAUCCGCGUGGCACAAGGGCUAGGAUUGCAUCUGGACUCAACCAGCGCGAAGAGGAAGAACAACGUGGAGAGGGAGAUCUGGAGAAGAGCAUGGCAUGGAUGUAUUCUUCUCGACCGUAUAGUUAGCAUGACUUUUGGUCGGCCAAGCAUGGUUUCGCUCCGUUCUCAAGUCACAUUGCCUAUGGCGAUUGACGAUGAAUACUUGACCAACGAUAAUGCGUACUGUGAACAACCGGAGGGCGUGUAUGCUCGGACAACCUUCUUCAUCCAUACCCUCAAAUUGUACGAAAUACUCGGUGAAAUACUGUCAAUAUUUUAUGAUACAUCUGGUAGUCGGAACGAGAAACCGCGGCCCGACGAUUACUACCAGUCACUCCUCCGGUUGGACCGGAUGCUCCUUGAUUUCCAGCUGGAGCUACCAGCAGCUCUCCGCCUGCAUUUUGUGGAUCCAGAGGCCGAACCGAUUAUUCGGGAUUCCUGCCAAACUAGGCAAGCAAAUGUUUUACACGCCAGAUACCUGAACAUCCGAAUUUUGCUGUUCCGACCUAUCCUCAUCAAUCUGGUCCAGGACUCACAAGCCUAUCACGACCAGAAAUCCAAGCGGCUGCACCCGACAUCGUUGCUCGAGGCUUCACUAGCAAUGAAGUGCUCCGUUUCUUGUGUAGAAGCAGCACAGGAAGCAAUCAGCCUAAUUGACGACAAUCUACUAAGCGGAGCAGUGCCGGCCUGGUGGUACUAUAUCUUCUAUCUGUAUACAGCAGCAACCGUACUUCUCGCCGCAAAACUCUGCCCUGCUCUGGAGACCGAACUUGAUUACGAUUCCCUCGAGGUGUCAUGGAAGAAGUGCAUUGCGAUCCUUCGAAGCCUGGAAGACGGGUAUGAAUCAGCGAAGCGGUGCUUGGCUACACUGGAAGUGUUUCACGACCAGAUUAUCUCCGCUUCCGACGAAGGUCAGCAAGACGCCGGAGAACAAGCCGAUGGAGAAGCCGAAAUCCCUUGCGAAGGAGGUGGUGACACGCCCGAUGAUCCGCUGUUGCUGUUCAAUAGCAACCGGGGGGCGGUGUGGGGCGCCGAUGUCAACUUUGAUUGGUUCAUGGAGCAUCCACUCUGGAAUACUCCAGAUCAAAUUCCCUAACCUUGUUUUAAUUCUCGCAUUUGAUUUUCCCUUCCGCGACAGCAAUGGUGCAGGGGAAAUAUUGGGUUUUAUUUUUGGCGAACACCCUUGGGUUCUCUUUUUGCUUGAUCGUUUUUUCUUUGGGUUAUCAGAAGAUACCUCUUUGUGUACAUAGACUCCCCUCCUUGUAGUCCCUCC